AUGGGGUGGGGGGAGGGGAUAGAAGAGGAGGAUGAGGAGGGGGGGGGUGGUGGGGGGGGGGAUGGGGGGGGGGGGAGGGGUGUGGGGGGGUGGGGGUGGUAUUGUUGUUGGUGUGUUGAGUUGGGGAUAGGGGGGGGGGUAUGUUGGGUGUUUGGGGGGGUGGUUAAGGGGGUAUGUGGGGUUGAAGUAGAUGAGGGGUAG